GUAGAAUUGUUGUAUACUCCAAAAAGAUUGAGUUUAGAGAGAUAAAUACCUAGAUAUCUUUAGAAUGUAGAUAUAAAACUAAUAGCAGUAAGUAUUAAGGGAAUUUAUCAUUACCUCUUUUGCCUCCUUUGAAAAAUAUCAGUCAGAUAGAAUUUAAAGAAUUGGUUUAUAGUUGAGAAGUGGAGAAGUGCCUCUUUUGAAAAACAUGAUGAUGUGAC